UGAUUGUGUCAGCGGUGACGAUCGCCGAUACGGGAGACUACGAGUUAUGUUGGGGGAGGAGGGAGUAGACCGAUGGUGGUGGCGGAUGAGCAUGAUUCCGUUUGUCAUAGCCGGAGAUCUUUGUCUCAGAGGGGAAUGGCUGGAGAGGAGGAUGAGAAGGUCAUCGAGGAGUGCACUGUGAGAUCCACCGUCUCCACUAAGAGGAGCAGGGCAGCUGCCAUUCAUAACCAAUCUGAAAGGAAAAGAAGAGAUAGAAUAAACCAAAAAAUAAGGACUCUUCAGAAGCUGGUUCCCAACUCUAACAAGACAGACAAAGCUUCAAUGCUGGACGAGGUAAUUGAGUACUUGAAACAGCUACAAGCCCAGAUCAGCAUGAUGAGCAGGAUGAGCAGCAUGGCACCACCCAUGUUGAUGCCUAUGGGCAUGCAACAGUUCCAGAUGAGCAUGAUGGCCCAAAUGGCGCAGAUGGGGCUGGCAGGAAUGGGCAUGAUGGACAUGGGCUCGAUGGGCCGUGAUUGGAAAUGUUGGUGGUGGUGGUGUGAAUAUGGCUGAUCCUUUCUCAGCCUUCGUUCCCUGCCCGACACAGCAACCGAUGACAAUGGAUGCAUAUCAAAGAAUGGUGGCCUUGUAUCAGCAAACGUUUCAAGAAAAUCAACCAACAAACCCCAAGUAGCCUAGUUCUUAGUUAUGAUUUGUCUUUUUUCCUUUUCCCGUGAUCUUCAUGUCUUGAACUCUCUCUUCUUUUCUUCCCUUUUCAUUUUUCUUUAUAUUAGAGAGGACUUGUUAGAUCAGCUUGCUUGUGAUCAAGUAGAUGUAUAACAUCCACAAUUCAAUAUGUAGAUAUGGUAAAUUUCAUUUUGUAUUA